GAAAAUUGCAAUAUUUCGUUAUAAAGCCAAGUUUCUAUUUUCUUCAUAUAGAAAGAUCCAGAGAGAGAGAGAGACAGAGAGAGAGAGAGAGGCCAUGGCUGGUUUACAGAGAUCUGUAACAUCGUUUAGGAGACAAGGCUCGUCAGGUAUGGUAUGGGACGAUAGGUUCUUGGGAGAGCUACAUCAACUGAGUCAAAAAGAAGAACAAGAAAGAAAACAAGCCCAAGAAAAAACUCACGGAGGAGCAGGAGGUGAUCAGACGGUCGACGUUGACCCACUCAAAUCCCUUAAACCAAUCAAUACCGUUGAUAGAAGCCGAUCCAACGGAGGACGAGGCUACCGAACAGGCAAGGUAGCUCCGGCGAUCGAACCGCCUUCGCCAAAAGUAUCCGCCUGUGGUUUAUGCAAUCCAUUUGGCAAAUCCACUAAGAAUAAGAGUAAUCGGAGAACGAAGACAACUACUACUAGUACUAAGAGUAAGCGCAGAUCGCGGUAACCGGUGGUGGGAGUUUGUACCGGCGAAGAUUUGGAAUAUUCUUGGGUAUGUUUUGUAUUAUUGGCGAUUAAUUUAAUUAUGGAUCGGAUUUGAUGAUGCAGUCUUCGUCUUCAUAGGAUUAGGUUAAUGAAUUUGUUAUUAAUUAGAAAAACUAUUAUUAGGUUUUCUUUUAUGGUGGUUGAAUAGUGUUCAAUGUUCAUCAUGUUUUUGUUUCUCAAUUAGAUCUAAUAGAGAUGGUUUGGGCUGGGGGUUUCAUGUGAUUACAUGUGUAAAUUUGUUACUCUUCUGGUUUUUUUUUUAAAAAAAAAUGAAUCUUUUUGUAUAAAUUAUUAUUAAGAAGAUACUCUUGUACAUAUUUGGGUAUUUUGCUCUCAAUUGCAAGCCAAUUUUCCAGCCCUAAA